GCCGAAUCUCCGGCUCGGAUGUUAUUGGGAGGUAAUAACUCAAAUUACGUGUCUACCGCGCGUAAUUUCGUCUUAUUUGUACGAUCGUGACGCCGUUCUAUUUAGCGAUAAACGUGCUUUACGGUAACAAUAUAUCACGUAGCCGCACCUGAGCAGCCUCAGUACGCGCUUGGCUACCUUCGGAGUUGCUGCUUCCUGCAGAAUGUUGCGAAUUACGUCGUUAUUCCUGCUUUUCGCCGUCUUCUCAAAGAUCGUCAAGUCAGAGACGUUUGACCAGAACAGCGAUUAUCAAUCAGCUACUUCGAUAUACGACUUCCACGCAAAUGACAUCAAGGGUCAGGAUGUACCCCUGGAGAAAUAUCGCGGCAAUGUGCUCAUCAUCGUCAACGUCGCCAGCCACUGCGGCUACACGGACAUAAAUUACAAUCAGCUGCAGCAGCUCUACGACAAGUACAUGACGAAAGGUUUGCGAAUCCUCGCGUUUCCAAGCAACCAAUUCGCUAACCAAGAACCGGGCACGAACGAGGAGAUCUUAAAUUUCGUGCAGCGAUAUAACGUCACCUUCGACAUGUUCGAGAAGAUCGACGUGAACGGAGAGAAUGCCCAUCCAUUGUGGAAAUGGCUGGAGGAGCAAAAAGAUGGCAAAAUCAAAUGGAACUUUACCAAGUUUAUUGUGGACAGAAAGGGCCAAGUGGUGAGCAGAUUUGAGCCGCAUACAGAACCGUUGGAUAUGGAAGACACUCUGAAGAAGUACCUUUAAAGUUUGGUAUGGUUCUCCUCUCUUGUGCGCUUCUUCUUUUCACACCUAAUAUUUUCAAAGGUACACAAGCGUACCUCCAUCGCCAGUAACUCCGUCUUUCCUCAUUUACUAAGAAGGCACUUGGUACAAACGCACACAAUUAUGUAAACCUCUCUCUAAGGAGAUUCGUGGAAAUGUUUUCCCGCCACUUUAUAUCGUUAAACGAUGUUUCAUUGUACUCGAGGAGAAUGCAAAUAAAGUUAUUUUACGAGUA